AUGUCGGGCCGUACGGGGGACUUGAUAGCGCUCUACUCGGAAGGGACAUUUGAUGAACAUAUCCAAGAGCUCGCAGAUUACCUUGCACGGCCGUUGAGCGAAGAAGAACGUGCGGCGUUUGUCAAACCAUUCGUGACGGCGCUGCUUCCAGAUGAGAGCAAAAAGACGUUUGAAGAGGAUGCAGGACGACGAAAAGCUGUUCUCGACCUUGUCGUCGGCCGCGUGAGUGGACUUGGAGAGGGAACAGACAAAGAGGUCGAGGGCUUCUUCAACCUCUUGGUGGCACAUGUACUCGAUUCAUAUCCAGAUCCAAGUGCUCCGCUGAGUAGUCUAACAAAGAGCAUUUGCUCUGCCCAUCGAUCAUCCACCAUCAAAUAUCGACUACUGUCCAACAUAUUCAAUGCCCUACCUCACUCGUCACCUCUGCGACCUCGCACAUUCUCCGAGCUCCUCAAACUCGCGAGUGACAACGAGGAGCUGGAUGUACUCCAUUUGCAUAAAGCCGAGGUGGACAAGUGGCUAGAAGAAUGGGAAAUUGAUACCGAAGAGCGUGCCCAGUUCUGCAAAGACAUCGCCGACGCACUUGUAAAGGCAUCUCAACCAGUCAAAGCAUAUCCCUAUCUAAUCCUGCGCGCCCAACUUCUUCCCUCAAACUCGCCAAACGCUACCAAGGCCAUUGUAGAAGCCAUCACUGACGGUCUCCGGCUUGCUUCUGUCUUCAGUUUUGAACCCAUUCUCGCUCUACCAAACAUUACGAUGGUCCGCGAUCAUCCUCUGUUCAAACUUGUCAAAGUCUUUCUCCGUGGCGGACUCGCUGAAUGGAAGGCAUGGCUCGAGAGCCACGAAGCCGAGCUAUCAACCGCUGGGUUGGAUAAAAAUGCUGUGGAACGCAAAGUCCGACUCGUUUCGCUCACGGCGCUGGCGUCGAAUAAUAUUGGCAAAGAAAUCUCGUAUGCAGAGAUUGCAAGAGCGCUGGAUGUGGGCGAAUCCGAAGUUGAGAGCUGGGUAAUUCAAGGCAUGUGUUUUUACUUCUGCCUCAUCCUGAAAGCUAAGAGCUCCAUAUUAGCAAUUCGCGCCAAACUUGUCUUGGGCAAGCUAAACCAGCCAGCGCAGACGUUUGUCGUAAUCCGAAGCACGACACGGCAGUUUACACCAGGAGAUUGGGAAGUGCUCGAAGAUAAACUGGAAAAGUGGAAAGAGGCCAUCUUAGGCGUGCUCAGUGUUGUGAGUGCUGCACGAAAGAAGAGUGCUGGCGCUGGUGCUGCUGGUGGACCGCAAGUAAACGGCGUACAGCCCGUAGCAGCCUGA